AUGCUGAUACCUUGUGUAAAUACGCAUGAAGUUGACGACAACUCAACGCACAGAAAGCGUCUCAAUAAGCUCGUUAUCGGCGGGCCAGUCAAGAAUUCAUUCGCGCAUCUAUCGCACACAUCCAAAGACAAGGACAAGGAGAAUGUUCAACAAGUGCGCGAGUCUCCCAUCAUGCAGAACAGCAUUUCUAUCAAGGAUGCACAGCUGCGGGCUGCGCAGGUGCAAAUGCAAAUGCAGAACGAUAGCGGCGAGAAGGAAAAUGAAAAUGGGGAUGGGAAUGCAGACACCACUCAAUCUCAGCCACUCAAUCUCACUGUAUCUGAUGAUGGCUUAGGCGCGCUCCCCAGAUCAGCUUCAAGCGUUGGCAGACUGGCUAGCGUUAAGAGAAAGCCCGUUCCAAGACUGUCGAGCAAGGGAGAAAUUGUUCCGAGCUCGUCUAACAUCCACCUCAAUGAUCCUUUCUCCAACGCUGACUUUGCUCCCACACCCGCGAUUACUAUCACCGCUUCAGCUCAGUGA